AGCUGCUCUCUUUUAAACAGCACCUUUCACUCUGUUCGGUCAUUGAAUACUUUAGGAAAAUGGCUGCACUGAUCAGGAGGAUCAUCACUACAGCUAAAGCCCCGGCUGCGAUCGGCCCAUACAGCCAAGCAGUGGUGGUUGAUCGGACCGUGUUCGUAUCGGGGCAGCUGGGGAUGGAUCCUGCCAGUGGACAGCUGGUGGCAGGUGGAGUUCAGGCCCAGGCCAGACAGGCUCUUGUGAAUAUGGGUGAAAUUCUUAAAGCUGCUGGCUGCGGCUAUGGGAACGUUGUCAAAACCACCGUACUGUUAGCCAACAUGAACGACUUUGUAAAUGUGAACGAUGUUUACAAGCAGUUUUUCAGUACCAACUUCCCAGCCCGAGCCGCCUAUCAGGUAGCAGCACUUCCCAGAGGUGGACUGGUGGAGAUUGAAGCAGUCGCUGUUUUGGGCCCUCUGAACGAUACUUCUUAAAAAAACACAUCGAUGAAACAAUAAAAACAACACGGUAGCAAUUUGUGAUGCUUUGCGAUCCAGGAAAGAGCUGAUCAAAUAACCCCUAUGU